UCCCUCUCACAGUGCUGCAGAUAGGGGCUGCCAACACAUGCGGCGCGUCUGCAGGUGACGGAACAGGCAGAAUCUACUGGACGCACUGAGGAAUUCAACCGACGUCUGAAAACAAGAACUAAAACGGAUUUACAUUUUUCUCAAGUUUUUGUAUUUUUGGUUAUUUUCAAAACGCAACCGUGAAUCUCGCUUUUUUUCCGUGCGUUUUGGAGUUGGCUCGCAAAAAGAGGAAAAACCAGGAGAGAGAACUAUACAAGCCCUGUUGGUUGCAAGUGACUCGGAGGUGUAAGAGAGACACACACAGAGAGAGAGAGAGAGAGAGGAGGGAUAGAGGAAGCCGGACAGGUGAUUUCACAUCCACGUCCUCGGGAGAUCGGAGAGUUGAUGAGUUUGUGAAACUGCACGCGCGGGCAUUCGAAUGAUCCUCUGACAUUCGUGGACAUAUCGUCGGAAAGGAGGAAUAUUCUGCAGCCUCAGCCGCACAGGAAAAAAGGAGAUUACAACCACCAGCCGUGCGUAAAACGGCGCGACGCGGAACCGAUGACACUUUCUGGUGAUGUGACAUUUGGGCUUUUACGCGCAUAAAAUCCACCCAGGCCCGUUCGUGGCACCGUCCAGGACGCACGGAGCCUCCCUGGUGCGUGUGUGUGUGUUUGAGAGAGAGUGUGCGCGCGUGUGUGUGAGUGUGUGGUUUUUCCCCCUCUUUUUCAACACCAUUGCGGUUUUUCUUUUACUAACAGAAGAAAAGAGCAAUCCAGCUCCGGAGGUGGAAGAGGCAGAGCAGAGAGGGAAGCCCGUGCACUUGCUGCUUUUCACUGCAGCAGGAGCGAUGUCGGAAGUCGACCGGAGGAUGAAGUCUUUGCGCAAACCGAGGGCUUCGCUCUGAAUGAAAAACGACAUUCCGGACUUUCCACCAGUGAUUACCUUCUUUUUUUUAUUUUUCGGAACAUUUAUCUUUUAAAGCGGAGCCAUGAGGACUACUGGUGCAGUGGACUAUUUGCUCUAUUCCCUGCUCAUCCUGCAGCUUGUGAAUCAGCCCGCCGCCAAGCAAGUGCUCCGGUACCGCUUGGCCGAGGAGGGACCCGCCGAUGUCAGGGUGGGGAACGUCGCCGCCGACCUGGGCAUCGUCGCCGGCUCCGGUGAGGUGACGUUCACGCUGGAGUCCGGCUCCGAUUUCUUCAAAAUAGACAACAUCACAGGUGAGCUGAGCACCAACGAGCGGCGGAUAGACCGCGAGAAGCUGCAGCAGUGCCAGAUGAUAUUCGAUGAGAACGAGUGUUUUAUAGAUUUCGAGGUGUCAGUCAUCGGACCAGCCCAGAGCUGGGUCGACCUGUUCGAGGGGAAAGUCAUCAUAUUAGACAUCAACGACAACACCCCGUCGUUCCCGUCCCCUGUCCUCACGCUGUCCGUGGAGGAGAACAGACCCAUCGGAACCCUGUAUCUGCUGCCCACCGCCACAGACAGGGAUUUUGGCAGAAACGGAAUAGAGAGAUACGAGCUCAUCCAGGACAACGGGGAGAACUCCAGGCGCCUGGGCUCCAACGGGGACUCGUACCCGGGGAAGAGGAGGUUUGAUGAAGCAGCGAGCAGGAGCAGCGUGUUUGAACUGCAGGUUGCUGACACCACCGACGGAGAGAAGCAGCCUCAGCUCAUCAUUAAAGGGGCCCUCGACCGGGAGCAGAGAGACUCCUACGAGCUCACGCUGCGCGUCAGGGACGGAGGAGACCCCCCUCGCUCCUCGCAGGCCAUUCUCAGGGUGAUGAUAACGGACGUGAACGACAACAACCCCCGGUUCGAGAAGAGCGUGUACGAGGCGGACCUGCCGGAGAACAGCUCCCCGGGGGCCCCCAUCCUCCAGCUCAAGGCGGCGGACGCAGACGUGGGGGUCAACGGUCAGAUCGAGUAUGUGUUCGGGGCCGCCACGGAGUCGGUGAGGAGGCUGCUGAGGUUGGAUGAGAGCACGGGGUGGCUUAGUGUGCUGCACCGCAUUGACCGUGAAGAAGUGAGCCAACUGAGGUUCACGGUAAUGGCCCGUGACCGAGGCCAGCCGCCCAAAAUGGACAAGGCCACCGUGGUGCUGAACAUUAGGGAUGAAAACGACAACGUCCCGGCCAUAGAGAUACGGAAGAUUGGACGCAUUUUCUUAAAAGACGGCGUAGCCAAUGUGGCUGAGGACGUGGUGGUGGACACACCCAUCGCCUUAGUGCAGGUGUCGGACCGUGACCAGGGGGAAAACGGGAUUGUGACCUGCACAGUGGUGGGGGACGUGCCCUUCCAGCUCAAACCAGCCAGUGAAAUGGAGGGGGAGCAGAAUAAAAAGAAAUAUUUCCUCCACACGUCUGCACCGCUGGACUACGAGGCCACACAGGAAUACAAUGUGGUGAUAGUGGCUGUGGACUCUGGAAGCCCGAGUCUGGCGAGUAAUAACUCUGUUAUCGUCAAAGUCGGGGACACUAAUGACAACCCCCCUAUCUUCAGCCAGAGCGUUGUUGAGGUGUCAUUCCCAGAGAACAAUGCCCCUGGCGAGAGGGUGACAACAGUGGCAGCCAUCGACGCAGAUAGUGGGAAGAACGCUGAAAUUGCCUAUUCCCUCGACUCAUCAGUAAAUGGGAUUUUCUCCAUCGACGCAGACAGCGGAGACAUCCGAGUAAACACCAUCCUGGACAGAGAGCAAACGGAGCGCUACGAAUUCAAAGUGAUAGCCAAAGAUAAGGGCGUGAACACCCUUCAGGGCUCCGCUACAGUGGUCGUCCUUGUGGCCGAUAAGAAUGACAACGAGCCAAAGUUCAUGCAGGAUGUGUUCACCUUCUAUGUCAAAGAGAACCUUGAGCCCAACAGCCCCGUGGGCAUGGUCACAGUCAUCGAUGCAGAUAAAGGCCAGAAUGCAGAGAUGAGUCUUUUCAUUGAAGAGGAGGAGGAGAUCUUUUCUAUUGAGAACGACACCGGGACUAUUUUCUCCACCCUGUCCUUUGACAGAGAGCAGAAGACGACGUACACCUUCCGAGUCAAAGCUGUGGAUGGCGGUGAUCCCCCGAGAUCCGCCACCGCCACAGUGUCACUCUUUGUCAUGGAUGAUAAUGACAAUGCACCGAUGGUCACUUUCCCCAUAAACAGCUCCUACACCCUCCUCCCCCCCUCCAGUAACAUCGGAACUGUGGUCAGAACAGUCAUAGCCACCGACAGUGACACCGGCAUCAAUGCAGAACUGAACUAUGGCAUCAUUGGGGGAAACCCCUUUAAGCUGUUUGAGAUAAAUGGCAGUUUUGGGGUUAUUUCACUGGUGGGGAAGCUGGAGGUGAAGCACUAUGGCCUCCACAGACUGGUGGUGCAGGUGAGCGACAGGGGGCAGCCUUCACAGACCACCACCACACUGGUUCACGUGUUCGUCAAUGAGACUCUUUACAACUCUACAGUCGUGGAGGCCCAGGUGGCAAAGAGCCUGAGCACGUCUCUCAACACAAACAUCGCCGGUGACCCCAACUAUGACCUGAGCAAACAGCGUUUGAGCAUCGUGAUCGGAGUCGUCUCCGGCAUCAUGACAGUCAUCCUCAUCAUCCUCGUUGUGGUCAUGGCCCGUUAUUGCCGUCCCAAGAACAAGAACGGCUACGAGGCCGGCAAGAAGGACCACGAGGACUUUUUCACGCCACAGCAGCACGACAAAUCCAAGAAGCCCAAGAAGGACAAGAAGAAACUGAAAUCCAAACAGCCGCUCUACAGCAGCAUCGUCACCGUGGAGGCCUCCAAACCCAACGGGCAGCGCUACGACGGCGUCAACGAGAAGCUGUCCGACAGUCCGGGCAUGGGCCGCUACCGCUCGGUCAACGGAGGGCCCGGGAGCCCCGACCUGGCCCGGCACUACAAGUCCAGUUCGCCGCUCCCCACCGUCCAGCUUCACCCGCAGUCGCCCACAGCUGGGAAAAAGCACCAGGCCGUUCAGGACCUGCCCCCGGCCAACACCUUCGUUGGCACCGGAGAUAACAUUUCCCUUGGAUCUGACCACUGCUCUGAAUACAGCAGUCAAACCAUCAACAAGUACAACAAACAGUGUUCUCUCUACCAUAAUGCUUUCUGA